AUGGAUGUGGGCAGCAAAGAGGCCUUGAUGGAGAGCCCACCGGACUACUCAGCAGCCCCCCGGGGCCGGUUUGGCAUCCCCUGCUGCCCUGUGCACCUCAAACGCCUUCUCAUCGUGGUCGUGGUGGUGGUCCUUGUCGUCGUGGUGAUUGUAGGGGCCCUGCUCAUGGGUCUUCACAUGAGCCAGAAACAUACUGAGAUGGUCCUAGAGAUGAGCAUUGGGGGGCCAGAAGCCCAGCAACGCCUGGCCCUGAGUGAGCGUGUGGGUACCACUGCCACCUUCUCCAUUGGCUCCACUGGCAUCGUAGUGUAUGACUACCAGCGGCUCCUGAUUGCCUACAAGCCAGCCCCAGGAAGCUGCUGCUUCAUCAUGAAGAUGACUCCAGGGAGCAUCCCCAGUCUUGAGGCUCUCACUAGAAAAUUCCAGGACUUCCAGGUGGGUGUGUGGGUGAGAAGGAGUGAGUGCUCUUUCCAGGCCAAGUCUGCAGUGGCUACCCCUAAGCUGGGCCAGGAGGAGGACCGUGAUGGUGACUCGGCAUCCUCCAAGGACCUGGAUUUCCUGGGUACCACUAUGAGCACCCUGUGUGGCGAGGUGCCCGUUUACUACAUCUAG